GUUUUCAAUUUGGUUGCGACAGCACUACUUGCUUCGGUUCUUGUGCCAGGAAUAAUGGGUGGAGAUUUCAUUGAAUUGUCACAAUACCACCGCAUGCCACCGAUGGCCGUGUUUGACGAUUACGAUCUGUGCAUGGAAGACGUUCCGGAGGGGAAGGUAGCCACAUACUGCAUAGCGCGGGUCGUCAUCAAACCGGACAACGGCUCCGAGCUAUGGCACCUGAUUGAGGACUUCUCUAAAGACUGGAAGCGGCACCACAAUCAUGCUCUCCUGGAUCGUGGAAUUUGCAUGGACAAGUGCAAGACAUUGGUUCAACGACUGCCGAAUGAAACCAGACGGGCACUGAGGGUGGACAAAUUUGAUAUUGAUUUUCCUUACAUAGUAGAUGUUACAGUCUUCAAAGAUACCCUCGAGGAUCAGAAACGCUACGGAGACCUGAUUGAUGUUUGUAUAAACUAUCAACUGAACGACACCUACCAGCUGCGUGGUUAUACAGAAAUCGAAGUUUGCGAUAGAAGUGAUGAAACGAUUGAAAUCGAUUCAUUGGACCUCACCUUCCUACUGGUGCUGGUAACGAUCAUCGGUUUGAUGAUUCUAUCCAGUUGGUACGAUCAAACCAUCAACUACAAACAGGACGUCCUUCACUACAAAGGUGAUUUGUUGAACAAAAAGCAAAUGUUCCUCGUCUCAUUCUCCGUUCUGCGAAACUGGUACCGGAUGACGUCUCGCUCGGAGGAUCCGUUGAGCAAAGAUCUGCGCUUUCUGCAAGCGAUUCGCUUUUUCACAAUGUACCUGGUCGUGUCCGGCCAUUCGGCGUUGAUCUUCUUCAUCCUUCCCACGCAGAAUGCUUCCAAGAAGGAGAUGUUAUACCACAAAAUCGGAACGAUGAUCCUCACCGGCGGGGUGCAGAUUACGCAAACUUUCUUCCUCAUAAGCGGUUUCCUGCUGUCGGUGUUCGUCAUGAACUACGCAGAAAAACGAAACUCCAAACCAGGAGUCCUAUUCAUGCUGAAGGCCACCGUAUAUCGGUACGUCCGCCUAACUCCGGUAUAUGCUUUCGUGAUGCUGCUACAUGCCACUUGGUUAUCCAAACUGCAAGACGGGCCACGCUGGAAGCUCGGCGUGGAAACCGAGCGUACUUUCUGCCGGCGGAACUGGUGGACCAAUUUGCUGUACAUCAACAACUACGUCAAUGCGGAUCAACCUUGCGUUCAGCAAGGAUGGUACCUCGGAUGCGAUUACCAGCUGUUCCUGCUGGGCAGUUUACUACUGAUUCUGAUCAUUAGAUUUCGGAAAUACACAGUUUGGAUCCUCUCGGUAGCUGUCUUUUUGGCGUAUCUGAUUCCUGCAUUGUUCAUCUACUUCCAGCAACUGGAAGGAGUAUUCCUAGUUACGCCACACGCCCAGCGAUUCGUACUGUGGUUCGAUCAAUAUUACCAAAAAUCCUACAUCCCACUACACAUGAAUCUAGGAAAUUACCUGGCCGGUAUAAUAACCGGACUCGUCUAUCUCCAUCUGCAGAAGAACAAGAUUAAUCCUGUUCAGAACAGGUGGUUCCGCAUCCUGUGGAACCUGAUCAUCCCGAUGGGCAUCGGAAGUCUGCUGGUACACUACAUUUUCUACGUGAACGACUUCGAGAAGCCGUCGCUCUGGAUGGCGAUCUACUACCCGGUCAUGAAGUACACCUGGGGCAUUUUCAGCGGACUGUUCCUGAUCGGAUUCGUGAAUGGCGUGGCACCGACGCUGAAACGCAUCUUCCACCAUCGGGUGUUUGACCCGCUGGGCCGAUUGACGUACAGUGCCUAUCUGAUUCAUGUGCUAGUGAUGCGACUGUUUGUGCUAAGUACUCGGUCGGCGAUUCACUUCAAUCACAUUGGAUCGACGGUGGUAACCAUCGCUUCGUUGGUGUUCUCGUACCUGAUGGCUUUGUGUAUGUGCCUCGCCUUGGAGUUACCCGUUUCGGCGUUGCAAAAAUUGCUGUUUGGAAAUAUGAAAGGUGAGAUCAACGCUCAAGUUGAUACGGUGAUGACAAAAAAUGAUGGUGUUAAAAAUGGAACCAUACAAUCAAAUGAACCGAUUGCUUCUAGUACAAAUGGAGCUGAUUGA